AGGACAAGGAAUCAAGACCAGGGGUUACUCUUCGUCACUCUAUGGUCCUAGACUUUUCAAAUCUUUCUUUAAAGGUUUACACAGAAUCUCGAAAAGUGUAAAACAUCACAACAAAAAAACAUGUCAUCAACACCUAUGGCAAUAGACUCUCCAUUAGGAGCGAAUGGUACUUCCAUGUCGAAAGCAAACGGAGUCUCAUCAGUCCCACAAACUGGCAAACUUACGGAGAUGAUCUCCUUAUACAAUCCAGUCAAGCUUUUCAAACAUCCUCCAACACCUGCAGACAAAGGGCAAACUCCCCCAAGUUACAACUUUAUUCAGUCUAUCAAUUUCAAUGACAAUGGCAGUCAGCUUAUCACAUCAGAAACUGAUAACACUAUGCAGAUAUAUGAUGUUCUUGAGGGAAGACAUUCAAAAAUGAACAUUAGUGCCAAGUAUGGCUGUAACCAUGCAAUGUUUGGCCAUGCUGAACAUUGUAUAAUCCAUUCUAGUACCAAAAAAGACCACAAAAUACGUUAUCUCUCGGCUCAUGAUAAUUCUUACAUCCGUUACUUUGAAGGACAUGAGCAAAACGUCACAUGUCUAUCCCUUCAUCCCGGCCAGGACAAUUUCAUUUCAUGCUCUGAAGACAACACUCUUAGGAUUUGGGAUGCAGCUUCCAACAAUCCUUCUGGUAUUCUGAAUCUUACCGGUGUCCACCUCGUUGCAUGGGAUCCUUCCGGAAACGUCUUUGCAGCUGCUUCUCCACUAGCUCAAACCAUUUUACUUUACGACUUCCGCAACUUUGACAAGGAACCGUUUGCUACUUUUGACAUAUUACCAUACUGUCAAGAGUUUUCCCCUCAAGCAAUUGGAAGAGGAUGGAACAAAUUGGCGUUUUCAAAUGAUGGGAAGCACUUGUUACUCGGCACGACUGGCAAUGGCCACUUCUUAUUAGAUGCGUUUGACGGGCAUCUGAAGGCAUUCUUGAGGAGGGAUAGAGGUGGCGCCAGAAGACUAGGAGCAGGCGACCACAACCCAGACAAUUUGGAUCCUUCAUCAAGUGAAUACCUCCACACCACUGCCGGAGAUUGCUGUUUUACUCCUGAUGGAAGAUUUGUAAUCAGUGGAUCUCGCGGAAAGAAUGUCUUGGUAUGGGAUACACUUGCGGCUACAACAAAUCGGGUCCUUAGUCCUUUGCAUGAAUUGGACUACCCCGGCGAAACGGCCAUUGUUGCUUUUAACCCCAAGUAUAACCAUUUUGCUACAGCAGAUCAGGAAGUUCUGUUUUGGGUUCCGAACACGGAUAUGCUCUGAUAAUUUCUUGUGGAAUGCGUAUUAUUUGUGGUUAGCAAAGCAAGAUCUAUGUUGUGUUUCAGAUUGGCAAUACCCAUGUGAUGUAUGGAUAGGCGUUGACGGGAAGGAGUCUAGGGCAUAUUCAAUAAAAAGUAGUUGUAGACGACACGCUCAGCAUGUGCUUGGGCCGCUUUCUCACUCGCGUCAUUCCUUAAAUUUUGGUCGUUUGUCGUUCAUUGGUGGGUGGCAUUGGGUAUCUGAAGCUAUUGUUGUUAGCUAUUUGAAAAUUAGUUACUACUACUACUCGUCUCCUUGCCGCUCUUACCAAACUGCUUCAAUGUUUUCCUUCUUCCCUUACGGUGCCAAUGGGGUUAAAUCCACAUCCAACUGGUCGACUGAUCUAUUCAACCCCCAGAACCGAAAGCCCUUCACUUCGUCAAAUAACUCAACCCAAUCGCUCUCUGUCUCUCAGGUAUUCAAAUCUGCCAACAUAUUGAUGUCCGUAGUCCUCAUAGAUUUCCCUCCAAUCUUGCCUGAUUUUCUCCAGCUUCGUUUAGGCAAUAAUCAUUGACGAGGAGUCUGACAUCCUUCUCCAAAAGGGCUUCACUUGGCGUAGAACAUUUGCCGCGUACAACUUGUUGUGGUUGUACAUGAACUAAGGAAAUAGAACAUAUCUACAGUUUUGAUGGGUUGGCGAUUAUGGAAAGCAUGAAUUCUGGGGGCUUAGAUGCAAAAGUUUACUUGAGGCCGUGUGGUGCUUCCAAGUGGUUGCAUGAAAUGACUAAUUAUGGUGUCCAGAACAACAUGGCUAGUAGUCUAGUUGACUUGCCUGCGCUGGUUAAACUCCCGCUCAAUCUUAAAAUUGCUCCUCGAUAGCUAGCCCUGUUGGAGAAUUCAAGAUAUAAUGAUGACUCGUAAUAAAGAGGUGUCAUGGAUUGUGUAUGGAGAGUAGAACUCUGAUAUUAGAUGCUGGUAUCACUUUGAUGUGAUGCUUGUCAGGUAAAGGAGUUGUUGUGAUUACUAUAAAUCAGACUCCACGGAGCAGGACGGGUCGUAUAUAGCUGUGAGAGAUACAAUGACCAAGGUACUUGCAGAUUCUUAUACAGAAUCUCUGAGGCUAUCAGAUUC